GGUAUCCAUGUUUUCAGCUAAAUUAAUCUUUCAAAACAAAAAAGAUGGAUUUCUUAAACUCAUCUGAUCAAAACUUGACCACAGAAGAAAUGUUAUACAGAAUGCCAUCCAAAAUCCUGGUGUCCCUCACUCUCUCUGGUCUGGCACUGAUGACAACGACCAUCAACUCUCUUGUGAUAGCUGCAAUUAUUGUGACCCGGAAGCUGCACCACCCAGCCAACUAUUUAAUCUGUUCCCUUGCAGUCACAGAUUUUCUUGUAGCUGUCCUGGUGAUGCCUUUCAGCAUUGUGUACAUUGUGAGAGAGAGCUGGAUUAUGGGGCAAGUGGUCUGUGACAUUUGGCUGAGUGUUGACAUUACGUGCUGCACAUGCUCCAUCUUGCAUCUCUCUGCUAUAGCUCUGGAUCGGUACCGGGCAAUCACAGAUGCUGUUGAGUAUGCCAGGAAAAGGACUCCCAAGCAUGCUGGCAUUAUGAUUACUGUUGUUUGGAUUAUAUCUAUUUUUAUCUCUAUGCCUCCUCUAUUCUGGAGGCACCAAGGAACUAGCCGAGAAGAUGAAUGCAUCAUCAAACACGACCACAUUGUUUCCACUAUUUACUCAACAUUUGGAGCUUUCUACAUUCCAUUAACAUUGAUUUUGAUCCUCUACUACAAAAUAUAUAAAGCAGCAAAGACGUUAUACCACAAGAGACAAGCAAGUAGGAUUGCCAAGGAGGAGCUGAAUGGCCAGGUCCUUUUGGAGAGUGGUGAGAAAAGCACGAGGCUGGUCUCCACACCAUAUACACUAGAAAAGUCUCUAUCUGAUCCAUCAACAGACCUUGAUAAAAUUCAUAGCACAGUGAAGAGUCCCAAGUCUGAAUUCAAGCAUGACAAAUCUUGGAGAAGGCAAAAGAUCUCAGGCACAAGAGAGCGCAAAGCAGCCACUACCCUGGGGUUGAUCUUGGGUGCAUUUGUAAUAUGUUGGCUCCCUUUUUUUGUAAAAGAAUUGGUUGUUAAUGUGUGUGAAAAGUGUAAAAUUUCUGAGGAAAUGUCCAAUUUUUUGACAUGGCUUGGAUAUCUCAAUUCCCUUAUAAAUCCACUGAUUUAUACAGCCUUUAAUGAAGACUUCAAGAAAGCAUUCCAAAAACUUGCGCAAUGUCGAUGUUAAAGAAAGUUCAUUAUUAAAAGGUUGGGAGCUUUUUGAGGUGAAGUAAUUCAAUGAAUGCUGAAUAAUAAAACAUUUAACCUUUUGGAAGAAGAAAUAAAACUGCUAAAGUGAUAGAAAUAUGAUUUAUAUUUUAAUAGCAACAUGAAUAUAAAAUUUAUUGAUUAAAAGAUGUUUCUUUUAACCAUCAUUGUAGACGACUCCAAAUUUGAAUAAUUUAUUGUUUAUAAACAAUAUUUUGCCUAUGCAAAUUUCCUAAAAGGCUAUCUAGAAAUGUAUAUAUUAUUAAGAACAGUAAUUUUCCAAGCUUAUGUCUUACAACCAUUACAGAAGAGUGUUCAAUUAACAACAUACCUCCAUCCAUAAUUUCUAUAUAAUCCUAUUGUUUUAUUAGGUAAUUCUGUUAUUUUAUAGAAAGGAUAUAAUUCACCACAGAACACACAUUUCUGCUACUAACCACUCUUGUCCCUUCUCCAUCUCACCCUGUGCAAAAGGGGCGGAGGAAGGAGCUCACAAAGAUUGUUACUUAGUAUGACAGGAGGAGACAUAAAAGUCAGAAGUUGAUACUGUUUUUGUAUUUAGCUAGGAAAGAGUACUCAUAAAGUAAGUUAGGUACUGCAAAAUAAUUUUGGAUGCUGUACUUGUGCGUAUUUAACAUAUUCUUUUUGUUUAAUAUGAAUUCCUAGAAGGAUAUUUUCUUAACCAUAUGUUAUCAACAUUUGAAAUCAAGGCCUUACCCUAGUAGCAAUAACUCAGGGAGUGGGGUGGGGGGCAUGUUAUAACUGCCCCAUGUUUAUUUAGGAAUCAAAUUUAAGGCACCAAGUUCCCUGAGUUACUCACCAUAGUUAUUAUGCUCCUAACAUCUUUUUAAGAGCGUAAAAUACACUUCCUCUUUUGUAACGUAAUUAAGCUCAGCUGCUAACUAAAAUGUCCGUGGUGCUUUGUACUUCAGCAGCUCCAUAGCUUCAGUUUACACAUAAUUUCCUUUUUAUUAGAGAGAAUGUGAUAGAAACUCUUAGAACUUUCCUCUGACUUCAAAAAUAUCUCUACUUUUCCAACUGGUAGAAAUGAAUAGGCAGAUUCAUAUUAUGCUAAUUACAUUGUAUUAUAUAUAGUAUAACUUUAAUAUAUAUAAUUAUAUGUAUAUAUCCCAAUCACACCACUAGUUCAGUGAGCCAAAGCAAUUCCAUAAGUUUCUCUUCCAUCUUUGUAUAGGGAUUUAAAAAUGGAAGAAUCGUGCUUCUGAGAUUUCAUUUUCUUUAAACCAACAAGGUCAUAGACCACAUUUUGGAAGGCAUACCAUUGACCAAGAUAAUUUGAAAAACAAUACAUUCCUUUUUGUUUUUAAGCUGCACUUUUACGUGUAUUCUAAAUAUUCUUUCCUAGUGGGGUGCUUAAGAGUUCAUUACAUCAAUUUUUUAUGUAUCUAUGACACAUUACUCUCAAUCUAACAAAUAUUUACAGUUCUUAUUUUAUAUAAGGCAUUGAGACGUACUACACAGAAGAUACGGGAAAUAAUAAAAUACAGUUUCUCCCCUUAACAUGUUUACAAUCUAAAAAGUGAAACAAAAAAAUGAAAACGUUAAUAGAAAAAAAACACAAAGAUCUGGCAUGGAAGUUGUUUACACAGCUAUGAUGGUUCAAAGGAAAAAUUGAUCACACCUGGUUGUGAAAAAAUCAGCAAAAUUUCAUAAAGAAUGUACAUAAAAUAGAUAUUAAACAGCAUUUGGGAAAGAAGUGGUGGUAACAUCAAGAGUUAAGAUUGAAUUCUGCAAGAUUUGGUGGAGCAUGUUCAUGAAACAGCAAUGAGUUUGGCAGCCAUUUAGAACAAUAGAAAAAGAGAUUAAAAGAGAAAUUGGCCAUUAUUGUGGCUGACUUUGAAUAUCAGAAAAAGAAUUCUAUAGUCAAUUUGGUUGUUACAUGUCAACGGAUUAUCAUUGAUGCUUUUUAGCAGAAAUAUUACAAGUUUAGGGUAAUUCUAAAUAUAUAUAUAUACAUAUAUAUAUAUGAAUGGAUUUGAAUAGGGAGUGCUAGAGAUAAUGACUUCUUGUUAGAGAGCAAAUCAAUAAUCCAGGCAAGAGGUGAUGAAGUCUUGAACUUGAUUCUGGCAAUGGGAAUGUAAAGGAAGAAAUGAAUGAGAAAUAGUAUGCAGGCCAAAUCUACAGGAUAGAGCAAACACAUUAAUAAACAGACAGAGAAACAUGAGAUGGAGAGACACUGAGAUAACUAGUCCUCAAAUGAAAUGAGGAACUCGAGAGAAGUGACCUGUUGGUGAGCUGGUGACUUCUGCUUUGGGUGUGUUACACACGUAAAGACGUCAGAGCUCACAGGCACUACUGAGCAGUCUGGUCCAAGCAAAACCAACCAGUAAUGAGAUUUAUCUAAGGCUCCUGCCACCUCUUUUGUCCCCUUCUCCUCUCUUUAUCUCCCAGGGCCUUUAUGCUGUGUUGACAGUCCAAAGGCUGCUCAUCGUUCUCUGCUGACUUCUCUUUCCCCUCCUCAUGAAAAUCUGAUUCUUUGAUUUAUUCAUCCAAAGGCCUUGCUAAAAUGAAAAUAAUCUGUUCAAUUAAUUAAUUUACACCCACCUCAGAAGUAUAUAUACUUAUAUUGUAGAACUCUAAGCAACAGCCCACCAACCCAAAGGAACGAAUCUCAAGCAGGGUGAGGCUUGCACAAUGCACAUUCUACCCUCUCCUCUGAGUCGGGAAGAAGCUCAAAUCCAGGAAAAUAAUACUGCUAGUGACAGGGAAGUCAACUCUCCCUUCAUAGCUCCGGGGAGAAUCAAGUCUAUUGUUUCUGAGUGUACGAAGCAUUUUUUAAUCCAAAGGGGCACAGCACAGCACAGCAAUUAUUACUGCAUCCACGCGUCUCCCUCACGUGCUGAAGGCACUGGUCCCGCCAGCCCUCAGGAGCAAAUACGAGUGAUUUCCCUCUAAUUUCUUUAAACGGUAUGUAAUAUGGGGCUAAUAACCUACAAUUUGCACUUUCUUGGAAAUUUAUGAAGAACAGAUUAUGCGUAACAUGAGACAAUUCCCUGAAUACAGAGGAUUUAUUCUCUCACUGAAAAUUGUCGGAGUAACUAAAAGCUGAAAACCUGUACAGAAAAAAAUACAGUUUCACAUUUAUUGUUACCUUCAUUUAUAACAAAUGUAACAAUAUAAUGAUGAUAACUGAUAAGGUAGAGGGAGAAAACAUAAAUAUCACAGAGAGUGGGUAAAUGUUAUAUAAUGAAGGUUAACUUCCUGCUACAAUUUUAAAUAUGCCAGCACCAGCAAAGUAAGUAGGGGUUCAUUUUUGCUCUGAUUCUUCUAAAUAUUUUCAAGUGAAGGAUGUGUGAAAGGUGAGGACAAAAUACCAGAGAAAGAAAGUCAAAGUACUGGAUACUAAAUCCAGUCCAAUACCCCACCAUUCAGCAUAGCUAUGUACACAUCAUAUUUGAAAACCCACUUCUGCUAUGAAACAUGGUCUUUGUUACAGGACUGCUGUAAGAAUGUGGAUUGCCUAACCUAAGAGUUUUGUUUGUUUGUUUCGUCUCCCAAUAGGCCCACAGGGUCAAAUCCAUAGCACGCGCAGGCCAUCUAGGUAGUGGCAGUGGAUGGGGCAAUCCUUAUGUAGGACCAAUUUCCAUACUGACACUCCAAACCCACUUUUUCUCUCCCUUUUCUGGUGAACUUGAGCCCCUCCUCCGUGCUCAAGGGCGCCCACGUUCCCUGCUUGCAAGUGAAGAAAAGCUUCUUGAGGCCUCUUUUGAAUUCUUGCUUAUAUCAGCUAUGUCAGCUCUAAAUGUUAAAAGUCCCUUAGCAGAGUAUAAUCCCCAUAUCACAGGCUCAGUCGUAAGCUUGCCCCUCUGUAUCCAAGAGUUUUGUGUCAAAAAGAAAUGAAGAAUUAAGUGGAAGCCAAUUACUAGGAAAUGUGUUGACUUGCUCCAUCAAAUUUCCUUAAUACAUUCUAAAGUCUUUCAAAAAUAAUCUGCUCAAUUCUAAAUGUGUCCACAGUAAAGUAAUUUGUUUAAGAAAAUGUGUUUCUAACAUCCUCCUAAUAACUAAAUGAUUAUAUUCAGACCUUUAUUUUGCCAGAACAUAUCUCUGUCUUGAAUAAAGUAAAUAUUUUCUUA